AUGACGUGCUCUGCAUCCGCCCUAGUCGCUCCACCCAAGCAAUUAAAAGCCGGCUUGUUUAUAGUAAUAAUAGUUAUUGUGUGCAAUGCUGUAAACUUGUUCGAAAAAACAUACUUCAUGUUUAGGAGUUGUGACGACUGUCACUACAUUCCAGACCAUGCCAGGCCGAGAGUCUGCUCCUUGCCUGAUCGUCCAUAUAAUCCUCGGGCGAGCGACGAUUUGUACCGACUUCGAUCAUUUUCGAUCACGUCGAAGGGAAGCGUGGUGAAUUGUGGUGACAGCAUCAUCAGCAGGCGUUCCAGAUCGAACACCAGCGUCAAUUCCACAGCCAGCAGUAAUAGGGCCUCAGACAGAUCGCCCUUUGACAAUUGUUGUGGGGCCGGCUAUUUGGCCGUCGGUUCAAUAUCGCAGUCGACUUCGGAACCGUCGAGCCCCGGGGAGCCUCCACCAAACCCCAAAUAUCGAGUUGUUAUGCUGGGAGAUUCGGGUGUGGGGAAGACUGCCCUUGUUUCCCAGUUUAUGACUUCGGAGUACAUGAAUACUUAUGAUGCCAGUCUCGAUGAAGAAUUCGGUGAAAAAACAGUUUCCGUAUUACUGGACGGAGAAGAGAGUGAGAUGACUUUUAUCGAUCAUCCGGCGGUCGAGAUGUCGGUUGAAAAUUCUCUCUCUACAUACGAGCCACACGCAUGUGUGGUAGUUUACAGUGUGGUCGCCAAACACAGUUUUCAGUUUGCCGAAGAAACUUUGAAUUAUUUGUGGCAAGAAAAUAUUACGAAGGACAAAUCAGUGAUUGUCGUGGCAAAUAAAGCAGAUUUGGCGAGGGCCAGAGUCAUACCGAAUGCAGAUGGAAAAACUUUAGCAGCUUCACGUGAAUGCAAAUUUAUAGAAACAUCGAGUGGAAUUCAACACAAUGUGGACGAAUUAUUAGUUGGAAUACUGAAACAGGUUCGUUUAAAAGAAUCUCGAGACAAAAAACGUCAGCAACAAGAAAGCACUUCCUCAAAUGGAUCAAACGGAAAAUUGAAAAAUUCGAGAACUCACGUCUCUCUGCAUUUGGCAAGAGAACUUUUGCAAAAAAUUUGCAUCAACGACAUCACGAAAAGUCGAAGUUGCGAAAAUCUACAUGUUCUAUGA